AGCCAAACGGUGCGUUUUGGUAGUAUUCUAAUACUCUCACUGAACCAAACGACGUCGUUGGAUCUUAUAUAUAAGUUUAUACUAUGGCGGGAGAGUCUUCUUCUUCAACCCAAAUGCUCUGUAGUAACAUGAAUUUGACAGAGGAAAAAUGAGCGAUGAAGUUCAACUUCUGCAGAGAGGCCUUAACAACUAUAACUGAAUCCGCCGCUGAAAUCUUCAAGGUGAACCAGAGGCUUGUUAAGCUUAAUCGCUCGCAUUGUUACGCAGAGACACUCCAGCUUUUCACCCAAACCCAUUCAUCCGAGUCACUUAGACCAGACCACUACACGGUCUCGGUGGCCGUCACCGCCUGCGCGAAAUUACGCGACAUUUUUUUCGGGACCCAACUCCACGGCAACGCCGUCCGGUCCGGCCUCAAAGCCUACCCUCACGUGGCCAACCCGCUGCUCUCGCUUUAUGCGAAAGCGGAAGAUUUGAAUGCUGUGAGAUGGGUUUUUGAUGAGAUUGCAGACCCAGAUGUUUAUUCGUGGACGACGCUGCUGUCGGCUUGUGUUAAAUUGGGGCAUGUGGACUAUGCAUGUGAGGUGUUUGAUAAAAUGCCUCACAAGGGUAAUGUGCCGAUUUGGAAUGCGAUGAUUACCGGGUGCGCCGAGAAUGGGGAUGAGGAGGUUACUUUUAGUUUGUUUUGUGAAAUGCAUAGGAUGGGUGUUAAGCAUGAUCAUUUUAGUGUUGCUAGUGUGUUGAGUUUGUGUUGUUUGGAGUCUCUGGGAUUUGGGAGGCAGGUGCAUUGUUUAGUGAUUAGAACCGGGUUUUUGGGAAGAGCUUCUGUUGUGAACGCUCUGCUUACUAUGUAUUUUAACUGCGCAAGUGUUGCGGAGGCAUUUGAGGUGUUUGAAGAAGCAGAAGAUGGGGUGUAUGAUCAGAUUACUUUUAAUGUGAUGAUUGAUGGUUUGGUGGGUGUGGGAAGAGAUGAAGAGGCUUUGACAAUGUUCAAAGGGAUGCAAGAGGCGUGUCUUAGGCCUACUGAGCUGACUUUUGUGAGUGUCAUGAGCUCAUGUUCAGCUGCAAGAGUUGCUAACCAUGUACAUGCACAGGCGAUUAAGUUGGGUUUUGAAGCUUUCACUGCUGUGGGCAAUGCAGCAAUUACCAUGUUUUCUGGUUGUGGGGAUUGGCAAGCGGCUUACCUGGUUUUUCAGACAUUGGAAGAGAAGGAUCUUAUAUCAUGGAAUGCCAUGAUCUCGACUUAUGCUCAAGUGAAUGACAGUGAAUCAGCCGUUUUGGUUUAUCUGCAAAUGCAGAGGGAAGGAGAGAAACCAGAUGAGUUUGCUUAUGGAAGUUUGUUGGCAAGCUCUGAGUAUAUUGAGACCGUGCAAAUGAUUCAGGCUGUUGCACACAAAAAUGGGCUUAUCCUUAAAAUCCAAGUUUCAAAUGCAAUGGUUUCUUCAUAUGCUAGGCAGGGUCAGAUGAAUCUAGCCUAUCAGACAUUCCAAGAUAUCAAAUACAAAAAUUUGAUCACCUGGAAUGCUAUUAUUUCUGGAUUCCUGUUGAACGGAAUGGUAAAUGAAGGGUUAGAGCAAUUUCAUGAGCUGCUUGUGUCAGAACUCAGUCCAGAUGUGUAUACCCUGAGUAUAAUUGUAAGCAUGUGUGCAAGCAUAACAUCCUUGAGAGAUGGAAAACCAGUUCAUGCCUACAUUCUCAAAUUUGGGUUUUCUCAACAACUGUGCUUAGGUAAUGCCCUCAUUACGAUGUAUGCUAAAUGCGGGGUUUUAGAUUGGUCGGUAAGAGUGUUUGAAGCAAUGAAUGAAAAAGAUAUAGUCUCCUGGAAUGCCCUGAUAUCAGCUUAUGCACAACAUGGGAAAGGAAAGGAAGCUGUUGAUUGUUUUGAGGCGAUGCAAGACUUGUCUUCCAUCACACCAGAGCAGGCGACCUUCACUGCAGUUCUUUCCGCUUGCAGUCAUGCCGGUUUAGUUGAUGAUGGUACACGAAUUUUCAAUUCCAUGAUUAGUAAUUACGGCUUUAUGCCAGAAGUAGAUCAUUUUUCUUGUAUAGUUGACCUUCUAGGUCGUGCCGGGUACCUUGAUGAGGCGGAAACAGUGAUAAACAGCAAGGAAAUUGAAGCACAUCCAAAUAUUUGGUGGACACUAAUUAGUUCCUGUGCAGCACAUGGUAAUUUAAGACUAGGAAGAAUAGUUGCUGGAUAUCUCCUUGAAACUGAACAAAAUAAUCCAUCAGUUUAUGUGCUUUUGGCAAGUAUAUACGCAGCCGCUGGUCAAUGGGAAGAAGCAGCUAAUGUGAGAGAAUUAAUGAACGCAACUGGGAAGGCGAAGACACCUGGAUGCAGUUGGAUUAAUUCAUAAAACCAUGUAGGACUGUAGGAGUGAAAUUCACCUGUAGAGGCUGGACGUGGAAAGUAACAAAGAAAUAUUGCAAUUUCAAUACAAAUCUUUCACAUAUAUUACUCGGCUUUUAUUUUCUCUGGAAAUGGCCACUAUAAGACGUACGAAUGUUGAGUUUUACACGAAUAGUUGUUGAUACAUUGAGAACAUUCCUGAACGAUAGAACUAACUGUAAGAGUAAUUAGAUACAAUAGGAUUGAAAUUAACUUAAUUCAUUCUCAGAAAAGAAUGAAGAUGAUAAGUUGGAAUAGUUGCAGGAAAAAACAUCCGUCUCACUCCUUCAGCCUUGAUGAUGGGAAAUAUUAUUCCUGAUG